CUACGCGUAUAAAGAAAGUCGUUGGCGUUUAUAUAAUAAAAAUAUAGGUAUAUAAUUAUUUGGCGAUAGCAACUGUAUAGUUAUGCAAAUGACGCAAACGUGGAAUUAGAGUAAUGCCACUCAGAUUCAGAUGCAAUAUCUUCAAAGAGCCAAACCGUUCUCAGAUUUAGGAUCUUGCGGGUAAUUCUACUUCUGGGGCAUGCUAUGUUCGAUUGAAUGGCAAUGACAGCAUGUCCUCGCGCUGGAUGGUUUCUCGAUAGUGCUUUCGUGUUUCUUGACGAUAACCAGUGGAUUACGCACAAGUUGAAUAAGUACUUGCCCAGUGAAAGAGUUUGUUUUGAUUGUAGGUGGAGCUGUUUAACAUCCAAUUUGACGAAGAGUUUUGUUUCGGAUAUGACUGUUAUACAUGUUAGAAGUUGCCAAACAUGAUCCUGAUUUUUUGUAUUCAAGAGAUAUGGAGGAGACAAGAGAUGAUACUAGGGCGGCGGAAGCACCGCCUCAUGAUACACAGUGGUGGCCAGGUCUUAUUGAGAAACUGCGUUUGAUUUCUGUGGUUUCUUCCGAGGCAACCUCGUGUUCUGAAAGAUCAAGAGGUCAAGAAGACUUUGGUAUUCCGGAUUUUCAAAGAGCAUCAAAGACUUUGUGGGAAACUGGAAAACUCUCUGAACCAAUUCCUGAUGGCUUUUAUUUUGUCAAUCCAGAAAGAAGAUUUAAGGAGCUUUUUGAUACUAUUCCCUCUAUAGAUGAGCUUCAAGCUUUGGAUGCAGAGGGGCUCAAACCCAGCAUCAUUCUUGUUGAUUCGCGUAAAGAUAAGAAGCUUUCCAUGUUAAAGCAGCUUGCUAGUACCUUGGUGAAGGGUUUAAAUUCAAAUCCUGCUGCGUUGGUCAAGAAGCUAGCUGGAUUGGUCUGUGAUUUCUUCAAAAGACCAAAGUUGGAAUUAGAUCAUGUAAAGUGCGCACUUGAGGAGGUCUCUAAUGCAUUAGAUAGUCAAGGUAUCCAUAUGUUGGGUCAAAUAAAGCAUGGUUCCUGCCACGCCAGGGCGAUUUUAUUCAAAGUUCUUGCAGAUACUGUUGGCCUAGAAAGCACACUUAUGGUGGGUUUACCUAGAGGAGAAGCAGUGGAGCGAUCAGAUGCAUAUAAGCAUGUGUCGGUGAUAGUUGUUUUGAAUUCUGUCGAUCUUUUGGUUGAUCUUGCCCGUAAUCCUGGCAAGCUAGUGCCAUGCUCAGCAAAGGCGGUCUUUCUCUCUCAUCUCUCUGCUGGUGAGAGUGAUUCUGCUGAAAAUGACUCAUAUGAUUCACCAAUUGAGCCUAAUAGUCCAAUGUGUGGCCCUUCAGAUCGAACAGAAAUUGAAGGAUUAUCGCACACAGAACCAAAUUUAGCAAACUCAUUUUGGAGGCGUAGUAGGAAGAAAGUCAUAUCUGAACAAAGGACAGCCAGUUCAAGUCCUGAGCACCCUUUAUUUCGUGGACAUGGAAGAUCUUUGCUUGGAGGGCGCACACACUCAUUCAAGGAGUUUAGUGAUGUUAAUGCCUCAAGGUCUGCUGGUGCAUCUCCUGUAGAAUCCCGUAGGCGAAGACGACGCUGUAUUAGUAUGGUUCCAGAGAUUGGCGAUGAUAUCGUAAGGGCUGUACGAGAAAUGGGUGAAGCUCUCAAGAGAAAUCGUCCUCCAGAGGAACAAGCAAAUUCAAUUCUCAGUUGUUCAACUAGUGAAAGGGAUAACAGCUUAGAUCUUCCAGACACUGUGUCAAGAUCCAGUACAGAUGGCCAUGAUCCAGUAUAUGGCCAAAAAUCUUCGACAUACAAUUUUCCCUUGAAACGCAUAAACUCCCACAAGGCAAUUUCAUUACCUUCAUCUCCUCAACAUUUUUCCAAUCAAUCAUCUCUAAUGAGUAAGGAAACAGAAAUUUUUUCGAGUUCUGAUGUGAUGUCGACUUUCAACAAAGUGAUCGAAGAAUCAAAGAUCUUGAGCAAGCCGUUGUUACCCUAUGAAGAAUGGAACAUUGAUUUUUCAGAGAUUACGAUUGGAACUCGCGUAGGAAUUGGAUUCUUUGGGGAGGUUUUUCGCGGCUCUUGGAAUGGAUUAGAGGUCGGGAUCAAAGUGUUUCUGGAACAAGAUCUGACUGUCGAGAAUAUUGAAGAUUUUUGCAACGAAAUUUCAAUCUUGAGCCGCCUUCGACACCCAAAUGUUAUCUUAUUCCUCGGCGCUUGUACAAAGCCCCCUCGCCUGUCCCUAGUUACCGAGUACAUGGAGAUGGGAUCGCUGUAUUACUUGAUCCAUGCGAGCGGGCUGAAAAAGAAGCUGAGCUGGCAGCGGAGACUCAAAAUGCUUUGUGAUAUAUGCAGGGGACUGAUGAGCAUACAUAGGAUGAACAUUGUCCAUCGCGAUCUGAAAAGUGCGAAUUGUCUUGUGAACAAACAUUGGACAGUCAAGAUUUGCGAUUUUGGGCUUUCCCGGAAACUGACCACCCGGCCAAUGAAGGAUUCUUCCUCGGCCGGAACACCUGAAUGGAUGGCACCUGAGCUCAUCCGCAACGAGCCUUUCACAGAGAAGUGUGACAUUUUCAGCUUUGGGGUCAUAAUGUGGGAGUUCUGCACGCUGAGCCGGCCGUGGGAAGGGAUGCCCUCGGCACAGGUAGUUUACGCUGUCGGUAAUGAUGGCCAGAGGCUCGAAAUCCCGGAGGGUCCUCUGGCAAAGCUUAUUGCAGAUUGCUGGGCAGAACCAGACAACCGGCCGAGCUGCCAGGAGGUUUACUUGCGCCUACAAGAAUGCGAGGAGACCUUGCCGCGCUGAUUUCUUUCUUACAUUUAUAUUGCAAAUGAUGUGACGAGAAUAAUUACUGAGUAUGAGCCCUGGUGAAAUUGGAUGGAGUUUUGUAGCAGUAUCUGUUUCUCUAGCAAAUAUACAGACAAUCAUCAGACACAAUUCUUAGGGGUGAGAAUGAACCUGGUUCUAUGAAAGCUGUAAUGAUGAGUUUCCUUGCAAAAUACAUGUACUUAUGAAACCAAAUCAAUUAUAAA